AUGGAUUUCUUGAAGAACCUGAUGAGCUCUCCCACCGCUCCCUCACCUGCCGAACCGACCGUUGUCGUCGUCAAGCCAGUUCACCCCUACUAUCCCACGGAGAUCGAAAUCCUGAACUUCGUGGCCAACGAUCUGACCGUUCCGCAACUCCUUGCUACAUUCGCCACGGGCUGUGCGGUGAUUCUCGGCCUGACAUGGUUCCUUGCAUCCCGCUUUGCACCACGCCUGAAGAAGACGGAUAAGCUGAUUGCAAUAUGGUUUUGUUUGUGCGGCUUCAUUCACCUCUUCUUUGAGGGCUAUUUUGCUUAUAACCAUACUCGUAUGGGCGGAAUGCAAGAUAUAUUUGGGCAACUGUGGAAGGAGUACUCGCUGUCCGACUCGAGAUACCUUACGUCGGACCCUUUCGUGUUGUGCAUGGAGACCAUCACGGCGGCAUUCUGGGGUCCUUUAUCAUUCUUGAUGAUAUAUUUCAUUGUUGCCUCACAUCCUCUGCGCCAUCCACUCCAGAUAAUCAUUUCGCUUGGCCAGAUUUACGGCGACAUCCUAUACUAUGCCACGUCCAUGUUUGAUCAUUACCACAAAAACUUGACCUAUUGUCGGCCAGAGGGAUACUAUUUCUGGGGCUAUUACUUUCUGAUGAACUUCUUUUGGAUCGUCAUUCCAGGCAUGUUACUUGUGAGCAGCAUGAGCUCGAUUGCUGAUGCCUUCCGGGCAUUGAACUCGAUAGCCAAGUCAGUGGCGGGAAACGGGACGGUGACCAGUCCAAAAGCGAAUGGCCAUGCCAGCACGCCCAAGAAGCGUGCGCAAAAGUAG